AUGCUUCGCAGGGCAAUCCCCAGAGUCUCCCGGCGAACCCUCCCGGCGCAGACUUCAUCAUCCCUCUCUGGCCUUUGCGCCCGCACCACGAGAACCGCCAGCACCCCCGGGCACGCUCGCCUCCUUUCGACAUCAGCUGCCAGGAUGACCGGUUCCUCGUCUUUGGCUCCUGUUGAGCCUCCCUUCUCCUCGACCCUCCCUGCCGAGUCCUUCCAGCUUCUUCCUGAGGAGAAAAAAGCCGGCGCCGCCGAAGAUGCCCUCCUCCAACAACAGGUCAAGGAAGUUGAGGCUUGGUGGGCGUCGCCGCGCUUCAAGGGCAUCAAGCGCGACUGGUCUGCCGUCGAUGUCGUGAGCAAGCGUGGCUCGCUUCAGCAGACCUAUCCCUCCUCCGUCAUGGCCCGCAAGCUCUGGAAUUUGGUGCAAGAGCGUUACGCCCAGGGCAAGCCCAUCCACACUCUGGGUGCUAUCGAUCCCAUCCAGAUGACCCAGCAGGCGCCUCACCAGGAGGUUCUCUACAUCUCGGGUUGGGCAUGCUCCUCGCUUCUGACCACCACCAACGAGGUCUCUCCUGACUUUGGCGACUACCCCUACAACACCGUUCCCAACCAGGUCCAGCGUCUGCACAAGGCCCAGAGCAUGCAUGACCGCAAGCAAUGGCACCUGCGCAGCAAGAUGACCCCUGAGGAGCGGGCCAAGACCCCUUACACCGACUACUUCCGUCCCAUCAUUGCCGACGGCGACACCGGCCACGGCGGUUUGACCGCUGUCAUGAAGCUUGCCAAGCUGUUUGCCGAGAACGGUGCGGCCGGCGUCCACUUUGAGGAUCAGAUGCACGGAGGCAAGAAGUGCGGUCAUCUUGCCGGCAAGGUCCUCGUCCCUACCGGUGAGCACAUCAACCGUCUCAAGGCCGCCCGCUUCCAGUGGGACGUCAUGGGUACCGAGAACCUCGUGAUCGCCCGCACGGACUCGGAGAGUGGCAAGCUGCUCUCUUCCUCCAUCGACGCCCGUGAUCACGAGUUCAUCCUCGGUGUCGCCGACACUUCCAUUACCUCGCUCGCCGAGACUCUCGCCGACAUGGAGGCCCGCGGCGCCCCCGGCCCGGAGAUCGACGCCUACGAGGCCGACUGGGUCAAGAACACCAAGCUUGUCACCUUCGACGAGGCUGCCCUCGCCCACUUUGAGAAGCACAACGUCCGUCAGGACCUCUUUGGUACCUACAAGGCCACCAUUGCCCAGAACCCCAACAUGGGCAUCACAGCCCGCCGCGCUCUCGCCAACUCCAUCACCCCCGAGAACCCCGUUUACUGGGACUGGGACGUCCCCCGUACGCGCGAGGGUUUCUACCACUUCCGCAGCGGCAUGGCGGCCGCCACCAAGCGCGCCCUCGCCUUCGGUCCCUACGCCGACCUCCUCUGGGUUGAGACGGGUGACCCGUCCGUCGAGGUAGCCACCGAGCUCGGCCGCGCCGUGCGCGACAAGUUCCCCGGCAAGGGCCUCGUGUACAACCUUUCUCCCUCGUUCAACUGGAUGGCCCACGGCUUCACCCAGGACACGCUCAAGUCGUUCAUCUGGGACAUUGCGAAGGAAGGAUUCACGCUCCAGCUUGUGUCCUUGGCCGGUCUGCACAGCACCGCCACCAUCAGCAGCGAGCUGGCCCGCCGCUUCAAGGACGAGGGCAUGCAGGCGUAUGUGGAGUUGGUGCAGAAGCGCGAGAAGGAGCUCGGUGUUGAUGUGCUCACGCACCAGAAGUGGAGCGGCGCUAACUACGUUGAUGCCAUUCUUGGACAUAUUCAGAGCGGCAGCUCGACUAACAAGAGUAUGGGCGAGGGUAACACUGAGAACCAGUUCUUGUAA